CUAAUAUAGCAUAGAACCUUGUAAUAGUAAACCUGCAAAAUGUCAAACGUGACAGUCAAAAACUCAAAAGAUAACCAAAAAUCAAAACAAGCUGAAUAAUGGAUGUUGACUUGUUACGACCGGGCACAGUGCCCAUAUCUCCGGACACUAUACUGUGGUUCGAAUUCCUCUUAGACCCUAAUCUUUUAAAGAACCACAUCAGCAAACCAAACUCAGAACCGUCAGCAUGUGAACUGAUAGAAGAGUUCUUAUCGGUGGAUGCAAAGAAUGCUAACUCAAAGCCGUCAAGUGAGAGGUUAAUGGAUGUGGACGCUCCUCCAAGUCCACCUUCAGCAACUACUCCAGCACCUGUGCAGUAUUCGCGCAAACAACUGGCAUUAAAGAUACUUGCACUUAAAGUAGCUGCCACUCUCAACUGGAAUUUGGAUAUAUUAGAAUCUAAACUACCACCACAUAUCCAACAACACCUUAUGCAAGACUUUGUAUACAUGGCAACAGACACAAUGUUCACUGUACCUCCACAGGAUAUUUCAUCGGAAUUGUUACAACAGCCACAAAUACAAUUUGCACUAAUACUCUAUCACAGAUGGGUUUUAAGAUUCCCUGUGAAAGCUUCCCUGAGUGCAAAAUCAACUAAGAUGUCUUUUAUUCAUAUUCCAGGAAUGCAAGCAGAGGGUGGAUAUUCUCCCAUGAGUCAAAACUUUGAAAAAAUCUUACGAAUGUGCGAAAGUUCUCGAACACAGAGCAUAAGGUUCUUAGAUGAAAUAUUAUCGAUGUACGAAUCAUCAUCUAGGGCACAAAAGACACAAAAAAUAAAAAUACCUGUCAUGGAGGCAUUCGUUCAUCUCACGGAGGAUUCCGAUGACAUGAACCAUGACUGGGAUGCUGGUGACAUUGUCAUAAGUCACUAUGAACUUGCCAUGCAAAUUCACUUUGAUCUGUGUUAUAAUUACUUCUUCUAUGGUCAACAUGAUAUGGCUAAAAAGCACAUCCUUGGCUGCAGAGAAAAUUUGAACUUAUUGGAAAGGGAAAUAUCAUUCUAUGGCUAUGGACCACAUAAAAAUAUGCCCUGGGAUAAAUUGUACUAUGCUAGCAUGACGAAAGAUGAUAUUUUGGGAUACAUAAGAGCAUUGAAUUUGGGACAUGAUGUGUUAAAUGAAAAACCAUCGUUAUUGCAAAAACUUCAAGAGUCUGUUGCUAAUCAUUAUGCAGGAAUUAUAGCAGUUUUGCAAGCAGAUAAUCUCUCGCGUGAAAUCCCUAUGGUGCAUAGACAAGUGGUCGAAUUAGAUAUACAGGGCUCUGCAUCCAGUGGAGCAUUCACUGUGGCCCGAGAUCUUCUAAAUCGGGUUUCAGCUUUAAACGCAGUACGGUAUGCGCUUGAAGGAGGCAUACCAUCCACUCACCCAGAUAUUCUUAAGAAGUUUAAAACAGUGGGUAUCAAAUUCUUUGAUCUCUUGUUUUGGGCGCUUGCGCCAGUUUUAGUAUCAGAACUGUCAGAGGAAGACUGGAAAAAUCUAAGAAUGUUCUUCCUACACCUAGCGACAUCACAGUGCCGACUGCCUAUUGAAAGGAUUGACGAAUAUUUAAAAAAGCAUGUUGGUGAAUCUUCUGAGAGUAUGAGUAUAAGAAAAAAGUUGAUCAGUGAUAAACAACUGACCAUAAUUUUAAAUGAUCCCAUCAAUGCUGAUGAUGAAAAUAUGGAUCUUCCUCGGGAGCUACUCACAGACGACUGGGAAACACCAGACUUCGAAUUCAAAUCAGUACCAGAGUUAGAGAUGGGAAAGCUAAAGAAACGGCUUAUCGAAGCGUCCACGGCCGACGACGUACGCAUGUGCCUGCUGAAACUGGCUAUGAUGUCGCCAUCAGCUCCUUUAUGGAAAUUAAGCCCGUCGUGGAAGCCUGCCGGUAUGUUAGGAAAUGCCCUCGUGGCAUUGCCCAGAGGAUUUCUGCAAGAUUUUGGACACGUUAUAUCCGGAGCGGCGCGGUCGCGGGCAGAAGCAGGACAAGCGCGUGCGGCCUUGUCUCUCUUAACGGUAUUAGAGAGCGAAGCUCGCAACCAACUCGGCGGAGGGAACGACCCAGUGCUGUACCGGCUGUGCCGACAACUGUCGUGGGAAGUGUUAUUUUUGCAAGUUAAUGUGAUGUUGAGCGAGUGGCCCAACCACCGACUAAACUUGGCUGCUUUAGCGAACAAGUGCAAGACUUGCAUCGCCGCUGCCAGCUCUGGUGAUGGCAUCAUUCCGCGACCACAGGUAGUAGAAGCAUGUUGGAAUUGUUUGUUGAACGCACGCGAAUGGGAAGGUGUGAGCGUCACCACUGGGCCGGGAGAACUUGCUGCCGCUCUUUGUAUAGCGUGUCACGAGUUACAGCGACUGAAGACCACAAGAAAAUUUCCACGACCACUUUGGGAUUAUGCUCUCUCGGUGUACAGCAACGGAUCAAGUGGUCCUGUAAAGAGAAAUGCUAGCGGCACCCCGUCAUACUCGCGCGACAUCCCCAACGCGGCGGCCGAAGCACGAAAUGCAUUCAACGCAUUCCUAGCCACGCUACGGGAGCCGCUCGCCAUCAGCGUAAUGAUGUCCCUCCUCGCCAGAAUACACAAUUUGAUCAUAGACGACAACUCACUGGAACUCGUCGUCGAAUACACUAACCUUUGGCCCUCUAAUAUAUCCAAUAUAAAUAAUUAUCACGUCAAAUUCGUACUGGAGUCUCUGACGGAUCUGCUCGACAGGAGUUUGAAGUUGUAUCCCUACAAUACUUCUUGGUUGCGUCUAUACGGCGACGUGGAGAUGGCGGGCGGGCGCUGGUCGGCGGCGCUGCGGCGCUACCUGUGCGGGCUGGCCACGGGCUCGCUGCACUUCAGCAAGCGCAGCGCGGAGGAGGGCGGCGUGGCGCGGCGCGCGGCGCGCUGCUGCCUCGCGCUCGGCGCGCCCACGCAGGCCGCCGCGCUGUGCCAGCUGCCCGACGAGCCCGACUACACCACCGCAUUCAAGUGCUUCGCUGAAAAGGUCGCCACCACUACGGGCAACGCGGCGGACGCCAUGGACGGGUACUACGGGUGCCUGUGGGACGGCACGCUGCUGGAGGUGGCGGUGGCGCUACACGCGCGGCGCGGGGAGGGAGGGCGGCGACAGCGCGCCAUCAAGGCGGCCGGCGCGCUCGAGCUCAACGCCAACAACAGCGACGACAUACAGAGGGAAGCCGCGGCCAUACGACGAGCCAGGCUGCUCAGGGCCCUCACCAACCAAUACGUUACUUAGUGCACACACUAAGCCUAAUGUUAUACGAAUGCACUCGGCUCAGACAAAUAUUAUGUAACAACACUCGCCUAUCGUAAUGAAUAUGUACGCUGGCAUGUGGCAUAUGGCAUAAUCUGUGACAUCGAAGUAUACGCCAAACACUCUUGUACCAGUACCAUCCAACAUGGGAAUUUUGAUCGUUUCAAAUUAACAAAAUAAGUUAAAUCGUGGAUAAGUUAAAAGACAAUAUUUCAAUAAAAACUUAACAACUUGUGACUAAA